GAAUUUUCUUUAAAAAAAAAAGUGUGUCGUGAAAAAAAUUCAAUUGUGAGCUUAAAUGGUUUUUCAAAAUUUUUCCAUGUUUGUGGAUAAAUUGAGGCAUAUUCAGUUUCAGAAUAAUAUGUCACCAGAAAGAGUUGGAUCACCUUUAGGAUUAGAGCCACGUGAAUUGGCUCUUGCAUUACAAACGGCUGUGCCUCCAUUUAAACUUGUACGAUUACAAUUAAAUACAACACAACAGCAACAAAGUACAACAACGAUUACUUCCACACCAGAAAAGAAACAAAAAUUAUCACCAGGUCAUCAAGAUCAAGACGAUGACUUAACCAGUCUUACAUGGCUACAAGAUAAUAAUUUAUUAAAAGGUAUGAAUUUAAAUUGUGUCAAAGCGGAAGCAGAUGAAAUGCAACAAGUUGCAACCGCAAAUUCUUUACCUAGUGAAAUGAUAAUUCGUGGAAGUCCUGCGAGUACGCCACAAUCACAGCAAACAAAUUAUAGCGUGGAUCAAAGUCCAACCAGUGAUUAUAUGGAUGAAUCGUCAGUAUCAGAACCCACGGAUUCAUCGAGUAGUUCUUUAAAUUCACCUGUUCCUUAUUCUUAUAACAAUAACAAUAAUAAUAAUAUUACUAAUAAUAAUAAUAACAAUAACACUAAUAAUUCUACUUCAACAACCCCCUCCAAAUCCAACAAACAUCCACAUAAUGUACGUUAUGAUCCAAUGAUCCAUACUUUUAGUAAACCGCCUUAUUCAUUUUCCUGUUUAAUAUUUAUGGCUAUUGAAGAUAGUCCACAGAAAGCGCUUCCUGUCAAAGAUAUUUACGCAUGGAUAUUGGAUCAUUUUCCAUAUUUUAAGAAUGCACCGACUGGCUGGAAAAAUAGUGUACGGCAUAAUUUAUCGUUGAAUAAAUGUUUUCAAAAGGUCGAAAAAUCACCGAAUCUUGGAAAAGGAUCAUUAUGGAUGGUGGACCAACAAUAUCGUCCAAAUCUAUUACAAGCAUUGACACGAUCGCCCUUCCAUCCGUAUUCCACUUUGGAUCCGGCAACCUUCCGUUCGACAACAAGUCGUACAUCUAGCCCAUUUGUCCAACAAAUGAUCGAUAAUACAAAAACUUCUACACGUCUUCCAAAUCCUGAACUAUUCCCAUAUUUAUCACGUCGUUUAGCGGCAUCUGAAGCAGUUAAACAAGAUGUGAAAGUGGAACCACAAGUUAAACAAGAACAGCAUCUUCAGCAGUCUGAAGACGACGAAGAUGCUGAAUCGAGUUUAGAUGAUGUACAUGCGGCCACAGCUAUUUUAUAUUUGAAACAUGGCUCGAAAAUGAUUAUACCAGAGCAUAAUGGUAGCGUUAGGUUAAGGGAUCAACAGCAAAUACCUACUGAAAUGGUACAAGUGAUUACGAGGUCACCUAGCGAGGAUCAUACGUAUAGUUCGGCAACUACAAAUAAUAAUGGUACCACACAUCAUACGAUGAUUAUUAAGCAAGAAGAUCGGGAUGAACAUGAUGGCGGACUUCGAUCAGCAUCACCUAGAGCGCCAUCUCCAGAUGAAGCUUUUGAAAGUGAUGAUGACAGUGUGCAUUCCCGUCUAAAUUAUUCAAGUAUCGAUUUAGAGGAGCAACGUCGUAUCGAAGAAGGUGCAGACGCUUUAUUAAAUUUAGCAGGCAUAUCAACACUUCGCAAUAGCAAUAAUGAAACGUACCAUCAUCAUACGACACUCCGUCGAAGUCGAAAACGUGGUUACAACGAUGAUGAAGACGAAGAAAACGACGAUGAAAACAUCGACGAAAACGAAGAUAAUCAUUCAUUACGUUCAUCACCGGAAAUUGUUCGCGAACAACAGCAACAGCAACGUUUUCGACCACGAAUGUUACGUACCAAACGAAAAUUAAACGUAACCGAUACUGAACACACCAAUGGUAACAAUUUACACCAAAGUAAACGUAGUAAACAUGUAAAUAAUAAUAAUAAUAAUAAUAUUGAUAGUAAAAUGGCGGCGAAAUUAACAUCAGCUAGGAAAAAUGGUGAUUGGGGGGUACAAAAGUAUAAUAGAAAUUCUGAUGAUCAAAUUCUUAGUCACAGAUAAUUUUAAUUGUUUAGGUUUUAAAAAAAUUUAUAAAUCGGAGUUUUUUUAAUAGUUUUAAGAAAAUAUGUUAACACUUCCCAAAAAAAGGUUAAGGUGCCAUUCUACGUUAAAUCAAUCAAUAUAAGAGCCGUUUCAAGUAGGUUAUCUCAAAUUUUCUCGGAGCUUGCUUACAAGAAAUAAUUAUUCUCUGUGUUAUUGAGUUCGAUAAGAGGAUACAGCAGGUUUAAGAAUUUUAACGCUCCAAAAAGUAUGUUUUCUGACAUGUUAAAUACUUUUUUGAAUUCAAAUAAAAAAAAAGGUUAUAUUUGACUUGACCUUAUCAAAUUUUCAAAAAACCUACAAUUUUAACUUUGUACUCAAUUCUAAGAGUCUUAAAACCGGGCGUUGAUCGUCUAAAUUAAGCAAUCUAGUUAGAAAAUCAAGCCAUUAAAAUCUGAGAGAAUCCAAUGUUUGAUUUAGCAUAAAAUGGUACAAACAAUUUUCAUAAAUAUUAUUCUCGAAUGUGGAAACUACAAACCGAUCACUUGUGCCAAAAGAAUUUUUAUAUUCUAAAAAAAAAAUGUGAUUCCAAGAAAUCGCUCCAGGUAUGUAAGAGUGAUUAUUGUGCCAAAAUUUACUCCUUCACAGCUCAGAAUACGGUUUAUGAAAAUCUAAAACCAAUUCGUUAUUUCGAUUUUAAGUUUAAAAAAAAAACCUUUCUACUAGUGGACGUAAUUGAAAAUACUUCGUUAGUUAAUUAGGGGAAAUAAAAACGUAGAAACUUUAACAAAAAAAACAAUUUAUUAUCUCGUAAUUUUUACAAAGAAAA